UGAGUGGACAAGAGAGACCCCUUUUGAAAGAGAAAUGGAUCAGUCUUUACCAAACCACCAGCAAGGAGGAGCCCCUCAAGCUGCUGCCCCGGUGGGGGCGCCCAGGCCGGGUAAUAUUCCCACUAAGAAGAGAGGCAUCAUCAGCGGAGAUAAAGACCAGUUUGGAAGGCUGCGCCGACACACACGUUUGUCGGAGAGCCAGAGCUCUGGCGCUGAAGAGGAGUGGUUGAGCACCUCCUUGGAAGCGGGUGGCUCCUAUGGUCAAAGCCCAAUCCUCCAGGGCGUGCAGGCAGAGUUGGCAGAGGGCAGCUGCCAACGUCAGCUCACCUCUAGUCGCAACGGACUGCUGUCAUCUUCUCCGAGGAGUCCAAAUGCAAGAGGCUACUCGAGCUUCCAGUCCAAACGCACCCGCAGUCAACAGCAGGACCAGGGUCACCCCGUAACCACUGUGAAGGCUUCUGGUACCCCCCACCGCCAGUACAGCAGAGGCCGUAAUCGCACCUCCUCUGAGACCGAGCAGAGGGGCAAAGGCAGCAGGGGUCCGACCCAGAGGAAGAGAGGCCUCUCUGAGACGGACAGCAAGCCCGUAUGGGACAAUAACAACAUGAGUGGACUGCAGUGCCUCGCCUCAGAGAACAUCUGGUUUGACAAACACCGCUACGAUGAGGCGGAGAAGCACUUCUACGAGGGAGUCAACGGACCCUCCACACCGCAGCAACAGGACAGAGAAGUUAAUGCCAUCCUGCAGGACAUUGCUAAGUCCCGGCAGAAUAUCCAGCAGUCCCUAAGCGAAUCGUCCUCGCAUGCAGGUGGAGAGCAGGAGCUGGUUUCACGAAUGAAGAGCCUGGAACUGGAGAACCAGACUCUGCACAAAGUGGUGGAGAACUUGAGAGCUGCCCUGCAGAAGCUGGAGACCAGAGUGGCUGUGCUGGAAAAAUCCCCUGCACCAGCAGCCAUCCCAUGUGCUAAGGCUGCUCCAGUCAAACCAGUUGAAAAUGGUGACAAUGCUGACGACGAUGACAUUGAUUUGUUCGGCAGCGAUGGGGAGGAUGAGGAAGCAGCCCGUGUCAGGCAGGAGCGCCUGGAUGCCUACGCAGCCAAGAAGUCCAAGAAACCCGCCCUCAUCGCUAAGUCAUCUAUCCUGCUGGAUGUCAAGCCUUGGGACGAUGAGACUGACAUGGCGAAGCUGGAGGAGUGUGUGCGCUCGGUGCAGAUGGAUGGGCUCCUGUGGGGAGCAUCCAAACUGGUGCCAGUUGGCUACGGCAUCAAGAAGCUGCAGAUCAACUGCGUGGUUGAAGACGACAAAGUUGGCACCGACAUCCUGGAGGAGGAGAUCACCAAGUUUGAGGAUUACGUCCAAAGUGUGGAUGUCGCUGCCUUCAAUAAGAUCUAAGCUCCACCAAAGAUUUGCUGCUGCUCUCGGCUUGCAUAGUUAUUAAAAUGCAAAAUUUUGAGCA